AAUGAUUUUUUUUUAAUUAGGAAAAAAAAAGAUUGAUAGUAAUGGUUAGUUUGUUUCUGAUUAUGAGCACAGGGUGCUUGGCAACCAUCAUUGAACAUCUCUACAGUGCUGACUAGCAUUCGAUUGUUGCUUACUGAACCCAAUCCUGAUGAUGGCUUGAUGUGUGAAGUUAGCAGGGAGUACAAAUACAAUAGACAAGCUUUCGAUUAUAAGGCCCGGGAGAUGACAGAGAAGUAUGCUGUCAAGGUUUACAAGUCUGGUGUUGAUGGAAGCAGCACCAGCCUCCAAAUUCAGGAAACACCUAUCGCAGCCGAGAGUCAUGGAAAUGACAAGGUUUCUGAAAGUGGAAUUAGUGUUUUAGCUCGAAAUCACGAAAAGCCUGAUGGGAUUAAGCCGAACUUAGCAGUGGAAUCUUCGUUGAGCAUGACAUAUAAAGAGAGUCGUAACACUGAUCAACAAAUGGAUGGUAAUGGGAAAAGAAAAGCAGCGAUUGGUUUCUGCGAGGCAAACACAUCCGGUAACAACGGAGGGAGCAGGAAGAAACUAUCUCUUGCCUUGCCUCCUCGAUCUCAAAAGAAAGACUUGUCUGGUGAAGAACUCACACAUGAAGUCUCAGCUGCCUGUAAAGAAAACAAGAAACCACACUCUAUUGGAAAAAAGCUUUCUCUGGGGUUAAAGAAGCCAUUGGUUAAUGCAGCAUCACUUAAUAAUAACUUGGCCUCUUCAGGUGUUCGAUCUUCUGCUGCAAAGAGUGACAACAAUAGACUAAGCAGAAAACUGUCCUUGAGACCUCUUAGAGAGUCACAGUUGAAUGAAGUUAGCAAAGCAGAGGUACUUGCGCAAACUGAAAUGAAUCAGAAUCAAGAUGUGACAAGUUGGGGAGGAGAGUUUGAGAAUUCGGCCUUGGAAGAAGCAUCAAUGCCUGAAUCCAUUGUUGUUCUAGACAGCGAAGAAAGUGGAGGAGAAGAGGAAGAAGCAACAGUCGCUUCGAGGUCAAGAUUAUUACUGGCAAGGAGAGGAAGCCUCAAGUGUGGUAAACCUUGAAAAAAACUGUUUUGUUUUAUUUGGAUCGAAUCAAGAUUGCAUAUUGAAUAUCAAGCAUAGGAUUUAUUAUAUUUAUCCUUGAAAUACAAAAUGAGUGUAGUCUAAAGAAUUGAUGACGAUACAUUUUUUUUAUAUGGAAAUUAGAUUAGAAUA